AUGAGAUCAUGUUUCGAGUCGUCGAGGGGCAGCAGGGCGUAACGCGCGUCUACCGGAUUAGCACCAACGAGCUCGUCUGCACCGUGAAAGAGAAAAGUACAAGCAAGACCAAUGUCCCGCUGUCGUCAACAUAUCCGCCUCGCCUGCGCUGUCCUCGCCGAUGCACUCCUGGCAUCAACAACUACAAGCCGCUCGAGCUGAGCAAGGAGCGCUUCUUGUCUCUUCUCGAGCUGCAGCCGAUCAGUGGUGCAUGUGGUCCGCGGGCCGUCGUCGAGCGCCUGCCAGCUGACUGCGACGGCGGUGAGUGGCCCGGUGCCCAAGCGGCGGUCGUCAACUACAGCAAGUACUGCUGCUCGCGAGGUCGUCUGCACGCGCCAGCGUUGCCAGUGUCCUACCCCGUCGUCUAUCGUGCCGCGAGACAGCAUCGUUACCUAGGUCACCAGUACAGUUUCAACAAGCGCGAGCGUUGGAAGCGUGUGCGCGAACUCCGCACUGGUCUGAGCCGCCGGGCUCUGCAUCAGUUGGACAGGUGCAAAGACUUGCGUGUCAAGCUGCGCCGUCUGACACCGUCGGAGGUGGCGCUUUGGACUAAUGGUCAUAUGCGACUAGGCAGGACUCCUCUGCGGGAGCUUCCCAGCUUCUUGCGGCCCGUGCGUUGUGUGCUUCCGGACGUAGUGCAACUGAAUGCGCUCAAGGCGGCCAAGCUGUCCAUGUGUGCUUGUGACCACCGCACACGGCCUGGCGCGCUUACAGUGUCACAAGCUUCUUCACCGUUAUUCUGAAGGCGGCGCUACUUGCUCAUGUCCCAAUUCUUGGGAUAAAUGGUAUUUAGGUCUUGCCAAAGGUUCUCAUUCAGUGCUCAGGCAAAGAGCUGAUAUUCUUCCAUGCAUGUGUACUUACAUAUGCAGUUGUUGAUGUGUCACACCUUUCAUACUUCAUUGUAACAACAACAACAACAACAACAACAAAAAAGCGUGUUGAUACAGAGUAGUAUGUGCUAAUAUCAGCUUUGAGGAUGGUGGAGCGCAUGCCACAAAUUAUGUGCACUGUGCCACAUUUUAGUUUUGCUUUGCAGCCAUGCACAGCAAUUGACUGUCGUGCUUGCCACUGCCCCUAGCAGCCCAUACAUGACAAACCCUUUGCAGUGACAUGGGUAAUUCAAAUGGCUGACAUUCAGGAUACUAGAACACUAUCUUUUGUUUGGAAAUGUCCCUUGCAUCGUGAAGCUUUGAGCAAGUGGCACCAUCUCUGCAAAAAUUAUAACACGCAAACAGCGUGGCGUUGACUUCAACUGUACAAUGCACCACUUCUAGCUCUUACUGGCUGUGGGUGCUAAGAAAGUGCGAUGAUAGUACCAGACAUACCUGUCAGCAUUGCGGCCUCCUGUGGCACUAUUAUUAAUGUACAUAUGAAGUUUGCGAUUGUGAAGGCAGAAGUGUUUACAGGUGGCAGCUUGUGUGCAAUGGCUUUAGGCAAUUGAGGUCAUUGCUGUAUCAUCUGUUGGGUCAAAAUUCCUCUCAAGUCUCCUUUUGCACGUGCAAAUCAGUGUUGGGUUAUGAUAGCAUUUCACAAUGGUAUUCAUUUCUCCAGCAAGCCGUUGCCUUUCUGCUCAGAGACACUGUGCAAUUUGACAUCAGAAUAUGUGUGAUACAAAUUGGGUAAUGUCACUCAAACAUUAAAGAAAAUCUGGCAUUUUGCUUCUUUUUAACAUUCUCUGUCAGCAUUUUUUUUUUUUUAAUAUCAACAUGUGUUGCGUGUGACUCUGGCACAUUACAUUCUUGUUUACUUUUAAUUAUAUCGCCAUUGAUGGUGAUACAGCAGUUGCAUUGCAUAUGGUUGUGUUUGCUUUCAUGCAAGGGAUGCUUUGAAUUUGUGAACGCACUGUCUGUAGAUGAUGUAGAGUUUAUGAAUGAACAGUACAUUGGUGCUGAAAAAUGGGAAUUUUAUUCUGUUUAAUAGAGUUUACUGUCAAGUUUCAAGCACACUUAAGCUCAAUGUGCUUAAAUGCAGCUUAGAGGAACACUGUGGUUAUUUACUAAACUGUUUUCUAAAACAGACAAUCACGUCAGUUUUUUUUUUUGUUUUUUUUUAAACAUGUUUCAAAGGCUUUUUAAAUUAAAUUUGCAUUCCAGCUCUAUCCUAUUGCAUGUGAGCGAGCCUCCUCUUGAAGCAGCUGAUCUGGCUUUCUGAAAUGGCUUUUUUAUUUGCUGAACACUGCUUUCUUAAAUUUCUGUGAAGGGCAUACUCAAGCCAUGCUUGCAUGUCAUGACCAUAAUCAAUGGAAUGGGUGAAGCUGUGCUGAGACACAAGGUGGCGUUGUGUAAGUUGCUCCUUUAAAUGGUUUCUAGACGUGGUCAUAUACUGAAACAAGUGUUGAGAAUGCAAAUCUGCAGUGGACUUCCAGAGGCACCCGACUGCCAAGUAUCGGUGUGUGUGUUAACCUUGGCUGGUGUAAAUAUGGAAGCCAGAAAUAAGUGUUGUUAAAAAUUUUAAAGAACAAAGGUUUCAUUACAAGCAAAACCUGAUGUCUGCCUGAUUCAUUGCAGUAUGGGGCAAUGCUGAUAUGUGUUAACAGAGGUGAUAAAGAAACAGGCCCUUACUUAUGUCCCAUUACCCUGAAAUUGUUGGCAAGAGGUACGGAACAUUGUGGCAAUAAAAAGGUUUGAUAUUUACA